AUGCCAGCACCACCAGCCUACCAUAUGGUUGUCGAUUCCAAUGCACCCCUUCCAACUAUAUCAAGUCCCUACGAGCCACACAUAGAGGAAGAGGAAAAAGACGAGGAUGACACACCAGAAAUUACUAUCAACGCUGCAACCCAGAUCCGAGGAAAUGGGAAUAUCAUCUCCAUAGCGCAAAUGGACAGCGCACGAAUAGCCAACCUCAUCGCCUGUAUGCUACAUGGAGGCAAAGGGACAGAGGUCGAGAGCCCGACACAAACACAUCCGCAAAGUCCACCAACGACACCCACUGCACCAGCGGCGCCAGUGGCCCAUGAAACGACGAAGAAGCAAUUUUCCACACUCAACAUUACCGUCAACUGUGGGGCAACGAUAAUAGGAGAUCGAAACAUCGUUGGUCCUGGACUGGGCGACAUUGCGAGGCAGAUGCAGUUGGCGCAGAGGAAUCAAGUAUUGCAUGCGCAACAGCAAGCCCAGCAACAGCAACAGCAGCAACAACAACAAGCGCAACACCACCACCAUCCUCAGCAGCAGCAGCAGCAGCAGCAGUCGCCGCUAAGCCCUCCAGAUGUCAAGGAGUCAGCAUUAGCUCAGCGUCGCGAGACAUUGUAUCAAGCUCAGGCAGCGAUCGCCCAACACCAUGGGACAAUGUAUGCAGCGCAGGGAUUGAUGAGUUUGCACGCUCCCACGCCGCCGAUGAGUCGGAGUUCGAGUUUCGGUGAUGGAGCAGGUGGCGUGAAGCGGAAAGCCGAGGGUGAUACCGGGGAGACUUGUUGCAAAAAGCAAUGUUGA